AAACUGAAACGGAACAUACACGUCGUAAACGUCACCAAAAAACUACUUGCAAACAAAUUAUUGACAAAUUUCGUAUUAAUAAAAUGUUUAAUUAAGCUUAUUCUUCCGUACACAAUUGGCGAGCGUAUGUGUGUAUGAGUGUGUGUGCGCCUUGCUUUGUCUAAAUGGAAUAAACCUGUACAUAUCUGCAAUUACUGAGUCUGGACACAAUGUCACUGCCAGGAAAUGGUAUUUAUGUGGUACGAGGUGAAAUGGCCACAUUAAUGACGGCCAUGCGACGUGGUACGCGUUGGAACGCAACAGCCUACGUGGAUGACGAGAAGGACGGCUUGUUAAAAUCGUUCAUCGAUCUGAAGCAGGUGCUUAACCGAAUUGAGGAUCUGCGUUUAAUUGAGCCGAACGUGUUUCUGGCGCCCUUUCUUGAGGUGAUUCGAACAGCAGACACCACGGGACCACUAACUAGUCUCGCCUUAGCCUCAGUCAAUAAAUUUUUGUCAUAUGGCUUGAUUGAUCCUACAACCCCAAAUCUAGCUGUAAUUGUAGAGAUGAUUGCAGAUGCAGUUACGCAUGCCCGUUUUAUGGGCACCGAUCAGUCGUCUGACAGUGUAACAUUUAUGCGUGUUAUCGAAGUGCUGCACACUCUAAUCCGAAGCCCAGAAGGUGCUGCUGUAAGCAAUGAGUCAAUGUGCGAAGUGAUGCUCAGCUGUUUUAAAAUCUGCUUCGAGCCGCGUCUUAGCGAACUGCUCCGCCGAUCCGCAGAACAGUCUCUGAAGGAUAUGGUGCUAUUGUUUUUCAUGCGUCUGCCACAGUUCACAGAGGACGGCAGCGAUACUGCACUACAAAAGCGGUUUACCAUUUAUGAAGCAGCUGGUGCAGCUACAGAGAAACAUAAGCGUAAAGCACAGCCGUCCUUGACUGCGCCACAACGCAAAUCAUCUACAGCCGAGGAGCCCCCCCAGACGCCGCAGAGCGCGUUAGGGGCACCCACGCAUUUGAAGGCACCUAUUCUCGCAACUACACCUGCUUCUCCAGCUGGCAAUAUUCUGGAUAUGCAGGGCAAGAUAACGCAGACACCCACCACAACAACAACUGUUAACAAUGUUGGGAAUACAAUCAGUGCAGGACUAGAUGUACCAUCAAUUCAGGUGGAGGCUACGAAGCCUGACGAAGCAGCCGAUGGAGAACAGGAGUCUACAAUUGCCACGCUAGGCGACUCCAAUAGCAACGAAUAUAUUAACUCUGUGGGAGUGCGGUUCACCCAGCAGUCGUCUAGCCAGGAUGCGGCAGCAUUGUCUUCUACGCUAACGCCUUAUGGUCUACCCUUCAUUCAGGAGCUAUUUCGGUUUCUUAUUAUAUUGUGCAAUCCGUUGGAUAAGCAAAACUCGGACAGCAUGAUGCACACUGGUCUAAGCUUGCUGACCGUGGCCUUUGAGGUGGCUGCGGACAACAUUGGAAAAUAUGAAGUAUUGCUGGAGCUGGUCAAAGACGACUUGUGCAGAAAUCUAAUAUCGCUGCUCAGCUCCGAGCGUCUCAGCAUAUUUGCCGCUGAUUUGCAGCUUUGUUUUUUGCUCUUUGAAUCGCUUCGAGGCCAUCUUAAAUUUCAAUUGGAGUGCUACCUGAAGAAGGUGAGCGAAAUCAUAGCAAGUGAUAAUCCGAAGACCCCAUAUGAGAUGCGAGAACUGGCGUUAGACAAUCUGCUGCAACUGUGGCGCAUUCCUGGUUUUGUUACGGAAUUGUACAUUAACUAUGACUGCGACCUGUACUGUACAGACAUGUUUGAGAGUCUCACCAAUUUACUCAGCAAGUAUACGCUCUCAGCCACUAAUGCAGUCUACAGCACGCACAUUAUCGCGAUGGAUACGCUAAUCAGUGUCAUCGACUGCAUCGAACGUAACUGUGCGGCUGCCAAGAGCAAUAACAGUCUUAACAACACUCUGGCUCAGACUCCAGCGAUUGAUGUUGGUGGCAGUCGACACUCGCGCCAUAAUAGCGGCCUUGAAGGCAUAGUCAUUGACAACGGGGAGGAGCACGUUGAAAAUAUUGCGAGCUUCAUCAACAACAGCUCACAGCGUUUGCGACUGCAGUCUGCGGGAGAGAGUGGGGGCAUAACAAGCGAACAACUAGCAAGCGUUAAGGAGAAGAAGCGUUUGUUGUCCAAGGGUACUGAGUGGUUUAAUCAACGACCUGACAAAGGCAUUCAGUACUUGCAAGAACAUGGCAUUCUAGAUGCUCAACUUAAUCCCAUGCAAGUGGCACUUUUCCUGCGAGAGAACCCGGGUCUUGAUAAAAAAAUGAUUGGAGAAUAUAUCUCUAAAAAGAAAAACGUCGACUCCAAGAUUCUCAUCAAUUUUGUGGAUUCGUUUGACUUCACUGGGCUUCGCGUUGAUCAAGCUCUACGUCUCUAUUUAGAAACUUUUCGGUUGCCUGGCGAGGCGCCGUUAAUAUUUCUCGUAUUGGAACACUUCUCGGAUCAUUGGCAUAGUCAAAACAAUGAGCCCUUUGCCAAUACGGAUGCCGCUUUCCGCUUGGCCUACGCUAUCAUCAUGCUAAAUAUGGAUCAGCACAAUUCGAACGCUAAACGUCUUAACGUUCCCAUGACGCUGGAAGACUUCACAAAGAACCUUCGUGGCCUAAAUGGUGGACAAGAUUUUGAUCAAGAAAUGUUAGCGCAGAUCUUCAAUGCAAUUAAAAAUGAAGAGAUUGUGAUGCCCGCCGAACAAACUGGGCUUGUACGCGAAAAUUAUUUAUGGAAGAUGUUGCUGCGUCGAGGUGCGACCCAUGACGGGCAUUUCCACUAUGUGAGCGAUGCUGCCUACGAUGUGCAAAUCUUUAAUAUUGUGUGGGGUGCUUCGUUAAGUGCUCUGAGCUUUAUGUUCGACAAGAGCACCGAGACGGGAUAUCAGCGGACCCUGACAGGCUUCAGUAAAUCGGCAGCUAUAUCGGCGCAUUACAAUCUCCAUGAUGACUUUGAUGCUCUUAUCCUAACUCUGUGCAAGUUCACGACGUUGUUGAGCAGCGUAGAACAGCACGAGUCAGUGCCAGCCAACAAUGAAAUCCAGCAGGCAGUGAAUUUUGGUCUCAAUGCUAAGGCGCAAGCGGCAAUGAGAACAGUGUUUCUCCUAGUGCACGGCUAUGGAGACAGUCUCCGAGAAAGCUGGAAGCAUAUUUUGGACCUGUUUCUGCAGCUUUUCCGUUUGAAAUUGCUACCCAAAUCUCUGAUUGAGGUAGAGGAUUUCUGUGAACCCAAUGGCAAGGCAAUGCUGGUACUGGAGAAACCACGCGAAAAGCAAGAGUUGGGUCUAUUCUCUAGCCUCUACUCAUUUAUAAGCUCAGAGGGUCAGCGGGAGCCCACUUACGAAGAGCAAGAAGUUAUCAAACACGGUCGAAAGUGCAUUAAGGAAUGUCAGCUGGAUCAAAUGUUGCAGGAGUCAAAAUUUGUGCAACUGGAGUCACUGCAGGAGUUGCUUAGAUGCAUAUUAUCUUUGAUAAAGGCACCAGAAACACCAAAAUCCAGCGGACAGCCAUAUGCGGAAGACAUAACUGUAUUUUGGAUGGAGUUUCUUGUGAAGAUUGUAGUCCACAAUCGUGAUCGCAUGGUCCCGCUGUGGCCAGGUGUGCGUGAUCAAAUGUUGCAUCUAUUGCUUGCCAGUGCACAGAACGGCUAUGAUUAUCUGCUUAAUCGCUGCAUCGUGGCUGUACUAAAGCUGGCAAUCUAUUUGAUGCGCAAUGAAGAGUUGUGCCCUGUUGUAUUGCAGUCACUCAAAAGUCUUUUGUCAUUGAAACCAGCACUUUUGCUGCGCAUAUCUAAUCAAAUUUCCAUUGGCAUCUACGAGUUGCUGAAGACCUCUGCUCAAAAUAUUCACUCGGAGCAAGAUUGGCAGAUUAUUUUCAAUUUACUGGAGUGCGUUGGCGCUGGCGCGGUUUCGCCUAACUGUGAAGCUGGACAGCAGAUAACAAUGCCGCCCAAUGGCCGCGCAGCAUCUGACUGCGAAGAAGACUUAACGGCUGUGUCACUCGAGCGCGGAUACACAUCAGAUUCAGAGUUGAAUAAGACAGCGAGUGCAGCUGCACCUUCUAGUCCCACCGCGGAGAACUGGAUAUUGGUUGGCAAAGACAGUGAAUUGACUACUGCAUCAAGGCCCCAAUCACCACCCAGCUCCGGCACACCUGUUGUCAACUCGCUGGUGUUUAACUGUCAGCUGCAAGAUCAUUCACCCUUUGCAUUAUUUAAGUGCUGGGACUCGCUAGCAUUCAUCGUUCGCAGCGUUGCUCACAUUACGCCGUACAACUUUGAGGCCUGCGUGCGUUGUAUUCGCAUCUUUGUGGAAGCGUGCCGCGAUGGUGGAAUUCACCAGCGUCGAAAAUUUGAGGCCAUUGUCAAGAAACGUAAUUUUAAAAAGCGCCAGGAGAGCGCACGUGAGCCAGGUGUGUUCAAGUCUACAUCAACUGGAAACUUAACUUCAGCAGUAGGCGACAUUGGCGAAAGGAAUACUCCAAAUGCCGCGGAACAGGAAGAAUUGGCGCAGCGUUACGAACAAUUGUCCAUUCAGUUACUAGACCUCAUGUACACGUUGUACACGCGCACUGCACAAAUUUUUCGGUGGUGGGCCGAGGAGGGCUGCGCGGUGUCACAGUCGGGAGCACUAUGGACGCCUGGCUGGUGUCCGUUACUGCAGGGCAUUGCAAGGCUAGCUAUGGAUCGUCGGCGCGAGGUGCGCACCCAUGCCAUCUCCUGUCUGCAGCAGCGAGCAUUGUUGGUCCACGAUUUACAAACGCUUUCAGGCGCGGAGUGGAGCUCUUGUUUCAAAAAUGUCCUGUUUCCGCUGCUCAACGAGCUACUGCCGGAGAGCCCUGCUACGAGUCAGCUGGACAGCUCUCUGUUGGAGGAGUCACGCAUUCGAACAGCUACCAUAAUGUCUAAAAUGUUCUUGCAGCAUUUGACAACGCUUAUUGAGCUGGGCACGACAUUUAACGACCUGUGGCUCGACAUAUUGGACUAUAUUGACCGUUUCAUGAAAGUCGGCUCCGACACGCUUUCCGAACAGAUGCAGGAAAUACUUAAGAACAUGUUGCUUGUGAUGCACUCUGUACGCGUUUUCCAUAACCAGGACGGCUCACUUCAAGAAGCUUUAUGGGAACUAACUUGGCGGCGUAUAGGAGAGUUUCUACCUAAUCUCAAAGCAGAGCUGUUCCACGAUGAAGGAAAGCGAGCUCAGACAUUGACCAACACUACAGCCGCUCAGCAGGUGUCCUCUGCAGCUGUUCUACCUAACCAUACAUCACAGCUGCCAGAUCAGACUGUCAAGGCAACUACUGAUGCAGUUGCUGUUGCGAUUGUUGGAACAGCUGCCCCGUCCUCACCUGUAGAAUCGCCGCGACGGAGCAUAAUUCUUCAGCCUCCUAUGACUGACGCACUCCAGCAGGCUCCCAGCUUUACUUUCGCGCAGCCCAUAUUAGUCCCUUCGCAACAUUCUACAGAACAACAGCAGCAACAACAGCAACUGCAGCUUUCCGUUAACAAUAACACAUUGCUUCCUGACUUGAUCAAUGACGCUGCUGCUUCAGCUUCAACAGCUGUCCACACAAAUACGUAUGUAAGGCCCGUUCAGGCUGUUAUCCAACCGGAAGUGUUGACUUCGCCAGCAAUGGUUAGCAUUAACAACUACGCCAUUGAGCUGCCAGCUACACCGCCGAAUUCAGUUGAAAAUCAGCAAGCUCUGUAUCAGCAAUUCCAGCAUCAACAGACGCAACAGACACCAAGUGAUGUUCCCCUUAGUCACCUGCUGGCCUGCAAUGCUUAUCCAUCACUUCCCAGAAUGCCGACUACAUCCAUUGUCCAAAGCUUUGUUCCAAUCUAUGAGGCGUCAACGGCGGUGCAAACAGGAAAUGCGUCAGACAUAUAUCACGAAUAUGUGCAGAAUCCUUAUAAUAUAACUUUACAACAGGCGCCGCAGGAUCAACGACAGCCACAGGUACAACCACAUCCAUAUUCACAGCAACCUCAGUCAGCAGAGGUGCUCUUUCCGUCUGUAGCAACGCCCGCCAACUACUUUAGUGCUAACGUCGAUCCCAGCUCCAUACCACCCGGCUCUGAACUGCUUUAUGGACAGCAGUAAGCAGUGCAUAUAAAGUUUAACAUAAAAAUG